AUGGCUCCCCGUGGCAUCCUCAAACCCCCCAGUGUCUUUCCUUUGGAACAUGAGUUGCGAGGUCACGAAGGUGAGCGCACUCCCCACAUCUUCAUUUGUUCCAUGGCCGUCACAUGGCCAACUCACACGCGAGCAGAACCCCGCAAAACUCGCAGCCGUUCACGGUCUCGUGACCGCCGCCACGCCGAUGAAAUGGCCGUUGUCUCUAACGGGUACCAACGGGAACGUCUCCCGAGCGCUCAUAGUUCACGACUUCGAGCUCGUUCCAGACACCGCUCCAAGUCCCGAUCGCGACGACAUGUACGAUGGUCCGAACCAGUUGCAUUUGUCGUGAGUGACGGUACAGAUAUGCUCGUCCAGCAGCUCCGUCACCGUCGAUCGUCUCUUCCUGCGAUCCUGGAAGAUACACGAGCUAUCUUCAGGGAGAGUGUGCGUGAAAAAGACAAGAAAGAAAGCCGUAGUAGCGAUAAGGACUCAUCUAGUUCACGACACGCUCCGGACACAUUCCAUCCUUCUCAUUCGUCAUCUCCUCCCAGACGCCCACCGCUCAAGUCCACGCUUUCAACACCGGAUGUAGGGAAGGCUUCUCAGCUUGUUCCGUCACCUAAGCACCGUCGACGGAGAACGUCCCUUCCAAACGGCCUCGAGGCUGCACUGAAGGCCUCUUCUCACGCGCUCUGGCUUCCGCACCACACCGAGGGCCACUCUCAUGAACAUUCCUCAUCCCAUGGCAAGGAUCACCAUGACAAGGAUCACUCAGUGAAACAAGUUGAUGGUCGUAGUGUUUCUCACUCGAAGAACUCCAGCAGCGGGUCGCACUCUCGCCCUUCUACGAAUAGUCACUCGCGUUCCCGAACUUCCACGUCUCAUUCGCAUGCUUCCCAAACUCCUCGUCACUACGAUACUGUUCAACUGCCUCCUCACGUGCACGAACAGCCGCAUUUACGGGGCGGGGCGUCCUAUUUCUCAAAUCACAACUUCGUCGCACAUUACCGCCGCCUCCCACAAAUCAUCUAUUCCAAGUCUUCAAGGUCAUCGUCAUCCAAGUCAUCACCUCCAGAGAAGAUCACCCCACCAUUACCCUCUCCGGUUCCCUCCACCAAACCGUCGAUUGAACCUCAAACUCCCAAAUCGAUCCGUUCAAAUCUGUUUUCAUUCCCUACCAUUGACGACAUCUUUUCAAAAGAUGAAACAUCACAUUCGAUGAAGUCUGUCCGCCGUCUAUUCGGCUUGUCUACACCGAAGCACGAGCCUCGUAAACUUUCUGGCGAUGAAAUAUCCGUCAAGAAGAGCAAACACUCGAGAGGGCCCAGCAAGGAUCUCAAGGAAGACAACCCGACUCUUCGUUGUCAACCCGCCCGCUCGGGAGACUCUUCACCGGCUCGUCAUUCAUUUGAUUUGGGCACGUUUUCACUCCUGGAUGAUAUGCAUAUGCGCUGGACAACCGCAACUGCGCGUCAUUUCCUGCCCGUCUUGACCCCGGCUGAAAUUCAAACGUCUCAUCUCACCCUUACUCUGAACCCUGCAUUCACGACCAUUCACUGGGACAUUCGCCACCCACCCAACGCUGUAUGGUCCGUAAUCCCCGGUCGCAGGUCAGUUCUCUGGACUGGCCACAAUGAGCCGGCGACCGUACCACUUGUCCCAUCUCUUCGGAUCAUUUCACCGUACUUCCCUUGGCUUGUUUGGCGCGGAGAGUUUGAUAAGCUGCGUCCCGAAGACAAGACUCGUCUUGCCGCCGGCUAUCACGCGAACCGCCCUGCGAACGGAGCUCCCAAGACGGCCGACUCGCCCUUUGAUGCUGGCAGCUGGCUCGUUCGCGCUGAUUGGCUGGGGCGAUACACUGUGUUGCGUGGUAUGACUGUGAGCGAGGGAAAGGACAAGAACGGAUCCCCUCUGCCCGAUGUACUAUUGAACAUGUAUCUGACAGAGAAUCGUCGAGAGGCGGACAGGCAGGCCGUGGUCCUGGUUCGUCACUGA